AUGUCUACCCACCUGUUCAGUGAAGCAGACCACGCUGAGUUAUAUCAGAAGUAUCGCCCGAAGUGGAGCGCGGAGUUCGCGGAGAAAGUCGUGGCGUUUGUCAAGGAAAAGGGAACAUUAAGGCGCAGCACUCCCCCUGGACGCUUUGCCCCAACUGAGGGGCGUUGUCCAGUACCAAAUCAAGAUCAAGAAGAUCAAGAUAUCGGCUGUGGCUCAGGUCAGAGUUCAGAAAUCCUGGCCUCACACUUCCAACACGUGCUGGGGAUAGAUGUCAGCGAACCUCAGAUCGCCAUGGCGUCAGCUACCAACAAGCUCAAUAAUGUUGAAUACAGGGUGGCCCCGGCCGAAUCUAUCCCCGUCCCAGACGGGAGCGUUGACCUGGUGAUGUGCCUGGAGGCAGCCCAUUGGUUUGACGUGGAGAAGUUCAAUGUCGAGGUGGACCGUGUCCUCGUGCCGGGGGGCUGCCUGGCAGUGGCCGGCACCAUUGAAGAAAAGUUCUCCCAAGAUGAGCUGACGCAGAUUUCACAUCAAUUCCUCCGACAGGGUCCAAUGAAAGACUGCUGGCACGAAAAUCUAGUUCGGUAUCUCUUCACUGAGUAUAGAACCCUGCCGAUGCCUUACGAUGGAGUCAUCAGAGAUGAGUCGAUGUCUAUCGAGACAGACCUCACCAUACCACAAUACGUCAAUCUGGCGUCCACUAUUUCACCAUACCGCGAGUUCUGUAGGCGCAAUCCCGAAGACAAAGGUGCACUUCUACAAAACUUACAGAAAAGUCUGUACAAAGCCACAGCGUCCACGAAACCCGUGGAAGAGGUGAUAGUUCACGUUACGUUCCCUAUCUUCUUACUGAUGGUAAGGAAGCCGGAGGUAUAGGGGACUCUGCUCAACUAUCCACACCCCUGACUAUCACACCCCAGCUGCGUUUGGUCCGUUCCUUGUCAGGAACCAACAUAUAGAUUUUGCUUGCUGUUAUGCAACGUAAUGUUAUGUUAUGAUCUUUUGAGAUUCAGUUGAUUGCUUUAUCUGCCUAACUCUGCGAUUAACGAAGGCCUCUGUGUGAACAAGGUGAAACACUUGGCUACCAGACUGGCAUUCCAGGAAAAGGUUUGAUAGGGACGGAAAAAAAAACUUUCAGCUUUACAUUUACGCUUCGUCAUAGAAAGGUAAACGCAUAUUACCACUCAAACAGUGCACUCAAAUGACGGAUGUGAGCUACACGUGGUAUACUGAUUUUCAAAGUGUAACAUUAAAUUAGUUAUUAAUACCCGAAAAUAGCAUACCAUAAUUGCACGAUUCGAUCCCCCGCUG